ACCUGCAGAUGGCGCCGUUUUAGCAGUUUCUAAGUGUCGCGUGUGUGAGAGUCAGAGCAACAUAAACUCAUCCCUUCCGUAUUUUCAUUUAAGAAUAUUCAACGUUGACAAACCCUCCGAUUUUGUUGCUCAGCUUGUUAUUAUUGUUGAACACAGGAUGGAUUUCACGAUCCGGGCCGCCACGCUCGAGGACUGUAAGGACAUCUCGCGGAUGAUUCUGGAACUGGCUGAGCAUGAGAAAGUUUCUGACCAGGUCAAGAUUACACAAAGAGAUCUGGAGCAGGAUGGAUUCUCCAAAAACCCUUUUUUCCAUGGAAUUAUUGCUGAAGUGCCAGAGCACCAUAAGUCUAGAGAGGGUCAUACCAAGGUUGGUUACUCUCUGUACUUCUACACAUACAGUUCAUGGAAAGGUCGGGCGGUGUACAUGGAGGAUCUGUAUGUGAUGCCAGAGUUCAGAGGGAAAGGCAUUGGCAAGGCUCUGAUGUCCAAAGUUUCCCAGCUUGGUCUGGCUGCUGGUUGCACCCAGCUGAAUUUCACUGUGCUGGACUGGAACAAAUCAUCUCUUGACUUCUACCUAAAGCAGGGCUGCUGGGAUGUGACCUCUGACCUCGGCUAUCACUGCAUGCGCUGUGAGGGCGAUGCCCUUGAACACUUGGCCCAGGGGGACCUUUAAAUUUUGAAGCACAUACUGUAGAUUCCCCCGUCAACCCCUGACCAGAGCCACAAGUAACAAGUUGUUUGAUAAGCACAGGUAGACAGUAAACUGGCAGUUAAAAUGGGGAAAAUGAAAUAAGUAACCAUGCUCAUAUCCUACAUACAUUUUCUGAGGCGAUAUAGACAAGCAUUAUUGCAGAGAACAACACACAGAAGAUGCUGCUUAUAUAUGUUGCCUCAAAAAGUGCAUUACACAUUGAUUCAUUCUACACCUUUAAAUUCUGGCCUAAGUCUGGCCUAACCAAAGAUUCAGAAGUACACUGUUGUGUUAUUAGGAAUCACAUCUAUAUUGGGCAUAUUAUGACAUAAUCAUUUUUCUACUAGUGGAAAGAGUGGAAGUGAAAUUGUUACACUUAGUGCUUACAAUGGUUCAUAUUUAGAAUUUAGAAUCUUAGAUGUUCUAUUUAAAUAGCCAUUUAAAUAUUUAGCCAUAUAUAACGUGUCAUUUUAUUUGUAUGUUUGAACAUCUAGUCUGUCUCGCUCACCAAACCACUUGAUCUAAAAUUAUACACAAGUAGUGCUCUUAAACUAUGUAGUAAUAUAUGAAGAACUGAUUGGUACACAAGAUUCACAGCCACCUAGAACAUGAAGAUGCGUCUGUUUACACUGUACAUGCACAGAUAUGAGCCACAUACUUUUCUCGACUAACUUUUGGUAACUGUUACCAGUCACAACAGAGAAUAAUCCCACUAUAAAAGUAGAAUAAUGCACUAAAGUUGUAAAUGAGCUAAAUCCUAUUCGAUUUUGGUUAGUGGAAACCAUGCUUGGAUUUUGCUUUUCUGAAUUGUUUACUUUGCCUUGUAGUUAAUUUGUGUGAAAGUUUUAGUAACCAGAUAUUUUAAGUUUAUUGCUAAAAGGUCUUUGGCAAGAAAAUCUUGUGCUAUACAUCAUAACCAUGAACAAUAUACAACCCGUAAGUACCUCAGUCUCUAAAUUUAGUCAGUAAAAUUUUAUGACUUGUUAGGAUGGAACUGUUAUUUUUUAGCACUUUCGAGAACAUCUGCGUAGCCUCAUUGUAAAGAUGAUGGCAGAAAAGUUACAAGCUGCUGUAUCCAAUGUACCGUGGAGUCUGUUGUUCUGUCGGCCAUUGAUAAAAAGUACAUUUGUCCAUG